GCGGGCAGGGCGGGGGGUGUGUGCACGCUCGAGCUUUCGGGCCACAGCCACCGCCGCGCGAGCUAGAAGCGCCUUAGCCCGGCAAGCUGGCUCACCCGCUGGCCACCCAGCACAGCCCGCUGGCCCCUCUCCUGCAGCCCAUCUGGCGGAGCGGCGGCGGCGGCGGCGGCGGAGGCAGGAGGAUGGCUUCAGAACUGGCAAUGAACAAUUCCGACCUGCCCACCAGUCCCCUGGCCAUGGAAUAUGUUAAUGACUUCGAUCUGAUGAAGUUUGAAGUGAAAAAGGAACCGGUGGAGACCGACCGCAUCAUCAGCCAGUGUGGCCGUCUCAUCGCCGGGGGCUCGCUGUCCUCCACCCCCAUGAGCACGCCCUGCAGCUCGGUGCCCCCGUCCCCCAGCUUCUCGGCGCCCAGUCCAGGCUCGGGCAGCGAACAGAAGGCGCACCUGGAAGACUACUACUGGAUGACCGGCUACCCGCAGCAGCUCAACCCCGAGGCGCUGGGCUUCAGCCCGGAGGACGCGGUCGAGGCGCUCAUCAGCAACAGCCACCAGCUCCAGGGUGGCUUCGAUGGCUACGCGCGGGGAGCACAGCAGCUGGCCGCGGCGGCGGGGGCCGGCGCCGGCGCCUCCCUGGGCGGCAGCGGCGAGGAGAUGGGCCCCGCCGCCGCCGUGGUGUCCGCCGUGAUCGCCGCGGCCGCCGCGCAGAGCGGCGCGGCACCCCACUACCAUCACCACCAUCACCACGCCGCGGGGCACCACCACCACCCGACGGCCGGCGCCCCGGGAGCCGCGGGCGGCGCGUCCGCCUCUGCGGGCGGCGCGGGUGGCGCGGGCGGCGGUGGACCGACCAGCGCCGGCGGCGGCGGCGGCGGGGGCGCGGCGGGGGCGGGGGGCGCCCUGCACCCGCACCAUGCCGCGAGCGGCCUGCACUUCGACGACCGCUUCUCGGACGAGCAGUUGGUGACCAUGUCGGUGCGCGAGCUGAACCGGCAGCUGCGCGGGGUCAGCAAGGAGGAGGUGAUCCGGCUGAAGCAGAAGAGGCGGACCCUGAAAAACCGCGGCUAUGCCCAGUCCUGCCGCUUCAAGAGGGUGCAGCAGAGACACGUCCUGGAGUCGGAGAAGAACCAGCUGCUGCAGCAGGUCGACCACCUCAAGCAGGAGAUCUCCAGGCUGGUGCGCGAAAGGGACGCCUACAAGGAGAAAUACGAGAAGUUGGUGAGCAGCGGGUUCCGAGAAAACGGCUCCAGCAGCGACAACCCGUCCUCUCCCGAAUUUUUCAUAGAAGACAGUCUGCUUAUUCGCCCCCUUGUUGCGUGCACACAAGCAAGGUUUUGUUUUCUGAGAUUGGAAACUAUUUUUUACCAAGGUACCUUUGGACACACUUGCACCCAGGAUGUCAGUGCAUGUGACGAGCAUCUUGGAGCCUGAAGCACCUGAGCAGGGGGUUCUCUGGAGCUCUCCCUUUCAAAGAAGAAGAAAAUACACAGAAGGGGCCCUCCAUGAGUACCCCGGCAGGCAUGCGUGGAGAUGGACCGUCAUGAUACGUAGGACCUUAUUUUCUUAAGCAGACACUGUGUGAUUUAACUUAAGACAUUUCGCUUUGAACUGCUUUAGCUACAGAGAUUAUGAGAAAAAAUUUUAAAAAUGCAUCCUUCAAGAACCAGUGACAUUGAACAUGUGUUAGGGCCACAUGGAAGGCCACACCUGUUUGUCGGAGUUAGAAUAAACAUCCGUGCACUCAAACAUCCCACCCAGCCACCAACAGACUUGAAGGAUGUGAGGAGAAGCUGCUGGGGAACAGCGGUCUCCCAGGAGACAGAACCGAUGUCGUCUUCAGCCCUUUAAACAAGUCCAGCAGCAGAAACUUGCGUCCCCUAUAAAGAAGUGGAGGGGACUGGGCACAAAGCAAUGUAGGGGCCAGGCGACCAGUUAGUACUAUCUUGCUUAGGUGUUUACCAUGCCACUUCCUCCCCAGUUAGUCUGUCCCCAACCUUCCUGGGUCACACACUCCAGCCUUUAAGCCUCAGUUUGUACUGUAAGAACCCAAGCAUCCUCUCCGUGGCCUCUUUUCCUGAGCAGGAUGGAGUGUGGCUCAGAGGAAAGGACACAUAACAUGAUUAGUAUCUGGAGGUCCAGAGCCGUGACUUCUCAUGGCCUUGGCCCCCAAGGACCCUUGUUGGUUUCCAAACAAAUGAUUCUGUAUCUUGAUUUUAGGAAAUAAUAGAAAAGGCCUUUCCGCUCAAAAAAUAAUGCUCACCAUUCCAGCCGCGGUUUGAAAUUGAUGACAUUCAAUUGAAAUUGGGACGUAAUUGAUGACACAUCUCCUUAAAAUUCUAUAAUGUGUAAGGAGUCACUCAGGACCCUGCUGGGCACUGAAGAUAAAUCCGUGUUGGUUAAGCACGCCAACGAAAGCCCUGUUGAAUACAAGUUGUCAGAGAAAUCGGCACUGGUACUGGAAAGAAUACAAUUUCCACAUCUUGAAGAUAGGAAUUGUCCCUCAAAGAGGAGCAUAAAGGAUUAAAUAUGGUAAUAUAUGUAAAGCGCUUGGAUUAAAUAUGUUAAUGUAUGUAAAACACCUGCACUGGGUAAACACCCCCACCAUGUUCAGCUUGGACAAUGUUACACGGGAUGAAAUUCUGACCUUGACACUUAACAAGCCUUGGUUUACAUCAGAAUGACUUUGUGAUUACAGUAUCGAACUGCCCCCCCAACCCCCCUUUGCUUUAAAAUAAACAAUUUCAAAAUCAGAAAACGGAGGUUGGUGUAGAACAAUAGCUUAUGGCUAUCCUUUUAUUAAAAACCCCAUCACCCCUAAAAAUAUAAAAUCAUUGCGCUUUGGGGAUCUCUCUGCUCAAAUAAUUUAGGAAAAUUGUGUGUUAAACAUUUAAUAUUGCUGUCAUCCAUCUCCGAGCUUUUAUAUGCUAAUAUGUAUGCCCCGUAUACAUAUUAUACUAACACAGAUGGCAUGCAGUAUUUUCCAAACUUGUGCGAACAUGGACCCUGAUUUUUAAACAACCAUUUCCUGUAAAUAGCAUUGUGCUGGGGCAAUUUUGGAAAAAGAAAUGAUGAUUGCCUAAAGUAUUAAAGUCCUGACAUUUCUUUCAUUGAGCACUA